AUACAGUAUUCUCUGUGUGUGCAUGUGUUUUUGUGUGUUCACAUGUGUGUGUGUGUGCACGUAUGCCCCCACAGAGGUCAGAAAUGGUAAAGCUGAGCUGGCAGGGCAGGAAGUGAUGCGCUCAUCUUAACAUAAAGCUGGGCAGAUAAAUAGCAGCUCCUCUGCAUCCCUGACUUCACUUUUCACUCCGCACUUCCAACAGAAGAAAACAUAAGAAGCCUCACUUGAUACAUACUGGGAUUUACUGUCAAAGAGAAAACAGAAUGAAGUUGGUGUUCGUGAUUCUCUGCCUGCUCGGAGCUGCCGGGGCAAAUCCUAUUUCGCACAAAGUUGCCAUAGAUACGACAACGCCUGCAUCUAACUCUACCUCCUCGAUGUCUGAAUCUACUGAACAAACCAAUGCCUUAGACCAUGAUAGCUCUCAGGAAAAUACUUCCGAGGACACUACCUCAGAAUCCAUGGAGUUGAAAUCAGAUGAGCAGACUUUUGACAAAAGCCAAAGUCACUCGCUGGAGGAACGGUUUGGCACUGGGGAGGCUGGAAUGACCGUCGAUGACAGCCAAGGAAGCACAGAGAACAUGCACAAGAAUUUGAUUCACUUCUUCAGCCCCCUGGAGAUCAACUCUGAAGACAACAGCACGUCGGCUUGGGUUAGUAGCGAGAUUAGCAAAUCUGCUGAGAGCCAAGAGAAAAGCUCCAAGAGCAGCAGCAGCAGUAGCAGCAGCAGCAGUGAAAGCAACGAGUCUAUCGAGGGCCAAGGCAAAAACUCCACAAGCAGCAGUAGCGAAAGCAGUGAGAGCAGUGAAAGCAAAGAGUCCAUUGAAAACCAGAAGAAGAUUUCCAACAGCAGCAGCAGUGAGAGCAGCGAGAGCAGUGAAAGCAAAGAGUCCAUUGAAAACCUGGAGAAGAUCUCCAACAGCAGCAGCAGUGAGAGCAGCGAGAGCAGUGAAAGCAAAGAGUCCAUUGAAAACCUGGAGAAGAUCUCCAACAGCAGCAGCAGUGAGAGCAGCGAGGCAGUGAAAGCAAAGAGUCCAUUGAAAACCUGGAGAAGACCUCCAACAGCAGCAGCAGUGAGAGCAGCGAGAGCAGUGAAAGCAGCGAGUCUAUCGAGAGCCAGGAGAAAAACUCGAACAGCAGCAGCAGUAGCAGCAGCAGCAGCAGCGAGAGCAUGGAGUCAAAAGAAAAGAAGCAGAAAGCUAACGACAGCAGCAGCAGCGAGAGCAAUGAGAUCAACGUCGCCGAGAACAAAUUGGCGAUCGUCAGUAGCGAGAACAUCUCCCUGAAGCAGCAACAGCUCCAGUAGCGAGAGUCACGAAUCCAACGAGUCCACUGAAAGCAAACAGAGUCACUUAAAUGAGUGCCAGCCUGGAGCCCAAAACCAGGACUGUGACAGCGACGAGUACAUCCUCCAGAACAUCGGAGACGACGGCGCCAGCGACCUGUUUAACGGCUUCCAUGUGACCGACAGCACAGAGCGUGAGGUCGGGUUUAAGAGAUGAUCGAACGCAUGCUGAUAUCCUGACGAUCCACAUUCCAGCUAGUACUAGAGACUUUGCUCGGAAAUGUGCAGUGUGGAAAUCCCUGGAGAGAAAUAUCAGCAUGAUAGUUAAAGGAAUAAUAGGUGCAGGCAUGUUAAUUAAUGACGAAUUAAUUAUUCAAGUAUAACCUGCAUUAUAAGCUACGUAUGUUUAAUGUGCUGUGUGUGUUAAGGAUACUGGGUUAUUAAUAAUUACGUUAUAAUCAUGUUAGAAAUCCGUGACGGACACGUGAAGGCUGUGGCGUGUUUUCAUUUGAUAUUUGGCUUCUGAUUAAAAUGACAGUAACAUCCAUUCUGAACACUUUUCUCAUGAAUUAUUACACAUUACAUAUUAAUACACUACAAUUAAACAAUAUAAAGAACGCUGUCGUUGCAUAAGCAGCUCUCGGGUCAUUUCUCUUUUUUUUUCUUCCUUUUUUGCUUUGAGAGUUUUCGAAUGUAUAUCCCCUUCUUUUUUGUUAUAAAUCAUUUAAUUUUAUACAUAUGUAAUAAAUCGACCUAUUUAUUGUACUUGAAUUUUACCUAUGAAAUAUGAA